UAUCCUUCCCAUAAUGUCAUUGCCAUGCCCGCCCUUUCCCCCACCAUGACACAGGGUGGUAUUGGCGUCUGGCAGAAGAAGGUCGGUGAUGAAAUCCAGCCUGGAGAUGUCUUGGUAGAGAUCGAAACCGACAAGGCCCAGAUGGACUUUGAGUGCCAGGAUGAGGGUUUUGUAGCCAAGAUCUUUGCAAAGACUGGUGAUAAGGAUGUUCCUGUUGGAAAGCCUAUUGCUAUUCUCGUCGAGAACGCUGAUGAUGUCGCUGCAUUUGAAGACUUCUCUAUCGAGGAUGCCGGUGGUGCUGCUGCUGGUUCCGCUGCUCCUGCAAAGGAAGAAUCUCCCGCCAAGGAGGAUUCUCCCGCCAAGGAAGAGGCUCCCGCUAAAGAAGAGGCUCCCGCCCAGGCCUCUUCAGGCUCAGCCAAUGGUGAAGUCAAGGCAAGUCCCUAUGCAAAGACCGUCGCUAGAGAGCGUGGUAUUGAUAUUUCUUUAAUCAAGGGUACUGGCCCUAAUGGUCGUGUUGUAAAGGAGGAUGUUGACAACUAUAAGCCUGUCGCUGCUGCUCCUGCUGCUCCUACUCCUGCCGCUGCCGCUGCUCCUGCUGCUGCUGCCCCCAUUCCCGCUGCUUAUGCUCCCAAGUCUGCUACUGGUGAUGCCUUUGUUGACAUCCCCACUACCAACAUGCGCAAGAUCAUUGCUUCCCGCUUGACCGAGUCUAAGCAGACCGUUCCCCACUACUACAUCACUGUCGAGAUCAACAUGGACAAGACCAACAAGCUCCGUGAGGUUCUUAACAAGUCUGCCGAUGGAAAGUACAAGUUGUCUGUCAACGAUUUUAUCAUCAAGGCAUCUGCUCUUGCUCUCAAGAAGGUUCCCGAGGUUAACUCUGCAUGGCAGGGUGAUUAUAUCCGCCAAUACAACAGCGCGGAUAUCUGUGUCGCAGUAGCCACACCUACUGGAUUGAUUACUCCCAUUGUUGCCAGCGCUGAGACCAAGGGUCUGUCUGCCAUCUCUGCCCAGGUCAAGGACAUGGCCACCCGCGCACGCAGCGGCAAGUUGGCACCUGCUGAAUACCAGGGCGGUAGCUUCACCAUCUCCAACUUGGGUAUGUUUGGUGUCUCGAACUUCACUGCCAUCAUCAACCCUCCCCAGUCCUGCAUCCUUGCUAUCGGUGGUGCUUCUCAAAAGGUUGUCGUUGACGAAACAAAGGAAACCGGCUUUGGCGUCCGCAACGUGAUGGAAGUCACUCUCAGUGCUGACCAUCGUGUGGUUGAUGGUGCUGUUGGUGCCACCUGGCUCCAGGCCUUUAGAGAGUACAUGGAGAACCCUUUGAAGAUGAUGCUCUAA